AACUCAACAAAUCUGCGUCUUCAGCCCGCUAUUUGGAUCUAACUACGAGCCAUACGGUGUGUUGGACCGAUAUCACCCAACGCAUGGAUCGCCGUUCAACGCGAACCCUGGCGAUCCUGCAUACCCUGCGACACAUCGUCUACCCUACGUACCUAGCGGUCAUAGUGGAUCAAGAGCUUAUCAAGACAAUGCAUUUAGAGGAAGUAGACACCUGGGCAGAUACAGAGGAGGUCGAUAUGGAAGAGAUGGAGACGGAAGCGGUGGAUACGGAGGAGGCGGAUACGGAGGAGGUAGAUACGGAGGAGGCGAAUACGGAGGAGGUGGCUACGGAGGAGGUGGAAACGGAGGAGGCAGAUACGGAGGAGGUGGAUAUGGUGGGACUGGGGGCGGAAAUAGUGGAUACACAGAAGUUGGUAGCGAUGCACGUGGUUAUAAUCCUAUUCUAUUAUACUGCGCAACUCCAGUACAACCCAAACCAUCCCAGCCCACAUUCACUAUCGGUACAGGAUAGUCCUACGGGUCGCUGGUCCUACGGGUCGUUGGGCCUACGGGAUUGGACCCGGACCACCUGGACAAAUAGGACCCAGACCACCUGGAAACGUUUGAAAAAUGGGAGCUUGAAAAUGUGCUAA